GCUGAAGCGGAAAUAUUGUCACUCGGAGUCGAAUCCGUGAGGUCGAGAGUUUUCAUCUGUUCUGUUUGCGAAGCAUCUGUCUCUUUCCUAGUUACCUAAAGUAUAUAGAAAUCAUGCAGGAUCCAAAUGAGGAUACACAAUGGAAUGAUGUCUUGCGAGCCAAAGGUAUCAUUCCGGAGAAAGAAGCAACGGUGACAGAGGAUCAGAUAGAGGACUUGUUAGACCAAGCUAUCAAGCACAAGACCGGAGUUGGUGCUGAAGAGAAAGCAUUAGAGGACAUGACAUUAGAUGAACUGGAUGAAUUAGAAGAUGAGGAGGAAGAGAGGAUACUUCAACAAUACAGGCAACAGAGAUUAGCAGAGAUCAAGAGGAUACAAGACAAAGCAAUUUAUGGCACAGUCAAGGACAUUUCUGCUCCGGAUUAUGUACAAGAGGUUAACAAAGCUGGUGAAGGCGUAUGGGUUGUGUUACAUCUAUACAAAGUAGGUAUUCCUUUGUGCGCACUCAUCAACCAACAUCUCACGCAGUUGGCAGACAAAUUCAGGGCUACCAAGUUUCUUAGGAGUAUAUCCACGACGUGUAUACCCAACUACCCAGACAAGAACCUGCCUACAAUAUUUGUGUACUAUGAAGGAGAGAUGAAAACGCAGUUCGUGGGUCCAUUGGAGUUUGGAGGGAUGAACUUAACGAUAGAAGAGCUGGAGUGGAAGUUAGCUGAAACGGGAGCUAUGAAAACAGACAUGAAGGAGCCUCCUAAGCCUCAGCUCAGGAACACCCUCACCGUCUUCUCAGGGCGAGGCCAGAAUGUUGAUGAUUCCGAUGACGACGACUACUGAAGACUGCCAAAAGGGGUGGAGGUUCCUGGAUUCAACUCGUCCCUUUUGCUAUUUGACAUGGAUAUUAGCCCCAAGUUUAGUUCUGAUGAUGUAAACUACCUAUUCACAGCUUUGGUAGUUCUAUUACAUUGCCAUUCUUGCAGGAACUCUGUCACCAUCUUUGCAGGGCUUGACCAGAUUAUUCGUGACCUUCAGAAAAGAUUUCUUAAGACUUUCUCUGGAGUUUAUUAACUUCAUCUGUUCAGUACAACUCACAGGUCAACAGGUGAUUCCCUUUUGAUAUUUAUUAUUAAGCAUUUUGCAGUAAAGAACUAUUUAUAACAUUAACUGAACUUUUUGCCUUCAUCCAUGAGACCAAAAUGGAAACAACUUUGCCAUCUUUGUUUGGUGUGACUGGUAUAUAGUUAACUUUAAAGAGGAUAUUUGAAAUUACUGUUUACAGAAUGGAAAAUAAGACAAUAUUGAACAUAUCGAAGCAUUCUUUGCUCUAUGACCUUAUUGUUUCCUACCAAUUGGCACAUUGUUUAAAGCAGAUUAUCAACAAAGCCGAUCAAUGUUGACAAGCAAUACAACAUUUUGAAGCUAUCUCUGAGAAUGCUUUUCAUAAGUGGGGGCUGUUUCCUAAAGCUAAUUGUAAGUGUUACAGGAAGUUUAUCAUCAUAAUCUUCCAACAAGUAAUUAGAUCUAACAGCUUUUCCUUAUUUCAAUUGGCUUAGAAGCACAGGUGUCUGA